AUAAAUAAAAGUUGAUUUAUUUAUCAUCAAUCACCAUUUGCAUAAUGACAACGAUUGAAACGAAAAAAUUAUUGGAAUAUCGAUUGAAUGGAACGGAUUUGAUUUAUGAUUGUCAAUUUCAUCCCGAUCAUCAUGAUUGGAUUGGAUUUUCCACCAUUGAAGGUGAUAUUAAAAUAAUAAAUUUCAAUAUCGAUGAUGAUGAUGGUGGUGGUGGUGGUGGUGAUGAUUCGAAAAAACCAACAAUCGUACAUGAAUGGCAGAAAUAUCAUCGUGGUAAUCCAAUCCGUAAGAUACGUUUUCAUCAAAAUCGAAUGUUUUCCAUAUCGAAAUCAAUCAAAAUCACUGAUGUUCAGACACAAAAAAUGAUUCGAAAAAUAUCUAAUGGAAAAAAGAAAAUCUAUUCAUUAUUGGUUGCCGAUGAUUAUCUUGUCUGCAUUGGUGAUGAUGAUGGUGAUUUUAAAUGCUGGGAUUAUCGUAUGGAACGUCCAAUACAUAUGUCAUUGAAUGAAUGUGAUAAUUAUAUAAGCGAUUUGGAUAUCGAUUCAAAUAAACAGCUUGUAUUUGCAACAUCUGGUGAAGGAACAUUAUCGGCAUUCAAUAUUCGUGCACGACGAUUAGAACCACCACAAUCGGAAUUGUUUGAUGCUGGUUUUCAAACUGUACGAUAUUUAGAGGAGAAGAAUAAAGUGAUUGUUGGAUGUGAAGAUGGUGUCAUCAAUAUAUUCAAUAAUAAUAAUGAAUGGGGUAAUAUUAGUGAUCGUUAUCCAAUACGACAGAAUAAUGCCGGACAUUCAAGCAUUGAUUGUAUGGAAAUUAUUGAUGAUGAACAAAAUAUGAUUGUAUUUGGUACAUCGGAUGGUACAAUAGAAAUAAUCAGUCUAUUUCCACAUCAACAUCAUGAAACAGUGGUCGAAAAUCAAACAAAACAAAUUGAAUGUAUCGAUGUUAAUCAAAUCACCAAUCGUAUUGUUGGUGUAAUGGAAAAUCAAAUUGAAUUAUUUCAAUAUGAUUUAAUUCGAUCAAAUAAUAAUGAUGAAGAAACAAAAUCAAAAAAA